AUGGAUCACGUUGAGACGGAGAGCGAUCCAGACCUGAGCCCAGGACCCCACAAGGAAGUGACUGUCACCAACACACCGUUUGGCCUCCAGAUCACCACCGUGGUCACCUACCAGGAGAAGCCCGAAACGCCCCUGGCUCGCCUGGCCUAUCGGCUGAGGACGUACUUUAAGUCCCAUUUUGGGGGUCCUUCUGAAACCGUGGCCUUUAACGAGGCGGUCGCCUCUGUUUGCUUUUUCUUACUUGUUUUGUUUUCACCUUCCUCAGUGGGUGGUGAACAAAUAAGCUCCAUAGGACGAGGGCUCUGUGUGCUGCUGGGCAUCUCCUUGGAAGAUACGCAGAGGGAGCUGGAGCACAUGGUCCGAAAGAUCUUAAACUUACGAGUGUUUGAAGAUGAAAGUGGGAAGCACUGGUCCAAAAGUGUGAUGGAUAAGCAGUACGAAGUGUUGUGUGUCAGCCAGUUUACUCUCCAGUGCAUCCUGAAAGGAAACAAGCCUGACUACCACAUGGCGAUGCCCACAGAGCAGGCGGAGUGUUUUUACAACAACUUCCUAGAGCAGCUAAGAAAGGCCUACAAGCCAGAGCUUAUUAAAGAUGGCAAGUUUGGUGCCUACAUGCAGGUCCACAUCCAGAACGAUGGUCCUGUAACAAUUGAACUGGAGUCCCCAGCUGCUACUGUUGACCCUAAACAGCUGACGAAACUUGAAAAACAACAACAAAGAAAAGAGAAGACCAGAACCAAGGUGCCCUCUGAAUCCAGUCGAGAAAGAAAUGCCCCCCGGAGCAAGGACGAUCCCAGCGCAAGCAGCGGAGCAGAAGGAGACGUGUCGUCGGAGCGGGAGCCGUAGCAGGCUCAGAUUCUUGUACAAAAGCUACACUGGAUUUUUGGAGAAAGACCUUAAAGACAUUCACCUCAGCACCACUCGCCUGGGACUUUGGAAAGAAAUGAAAAAUGGGAAAGCAGCAUGAAGACAAGAGAAACUGGUCUCAUUCUGUUCUGACACAACCGAAGUAAUGUGCUCAGAUUCAGCCAUCAAUGCGUAGCUUCACUAGUGAAAAAGGACUAGUAACAU